AAAACCUUUGCUAUUACUUCUAGUAAUAUAACUUAUGCAACAAAAUGGUGAAGUCUUGUGCUGUAUACAACUGUACAAAUAAUGUGAAGAAAUGUAAGGGUCUCAGCUUCCACCAUUUUCCCCUUGCAGACAAGAGAAGACUUAGAGAGUGGUUAGUAAAGAUUCGACGAGAGGAAUUUGCUCCAACUGUACACUCUGUAAUCUGCUCACAGCAUUUCGAGCCUUCAUGCUUCUGGAACAGUGCCAAUAAAAGACUUUUAAAGCCAUCGGCAAUUCCAACAAUUUUCAAUUUUCAAUUUUCCAGGAUCGCUAAAAAAGAAAGAAAAAAUGCGACCACCUCCAAGAAAACGAUCUGCAGCUACAGAUGCGGUGAGCGAUUUGUGUGAAGGAGGAGUCCAGGGAGAGGAAUCUAAAGUUUCUAGUGCUUCAAUUAAUAGCAUUCUACAUGAUCAUUGCUAUGAUAUUGAUAUUCAGAAUAAGCUUUCAAAAUGUAAGUAUGUACUUGAAAGAAAAACAAAAAGUGUUGAAAAAUACAAAUCAAGAUUAGAAAAUAAGACUGCAAAGAUUAAUCUUAGAGACAAAAAAAUUUCGUCAAUGGCGCACAUGAUAGAGGAGUUGAAGGAGAAGGUGCAGAUCACUGAAGGGCUUGAGAGUGUACUCGAAAAUUAAUUUUCGGGUAUUUUUUGUGAAUUAGCUUCCCUGGCAAAAGGUGGAAGGAAUGCUGGAUAUAGCAGCAAUGUAAAACGAUUUGCUCUCACUCUGUUGUUUUAUUCUCCAGCAAGCUAUAAAUUUGUGAGGGACACCUUUGACAAUUGUUUGCCACACCCAGCAACUUUGAGAAGGUGGUAUAAUGUGGUUGAUGGCAAUCCAGGGUUCACUGCUGAGUCAUUUGCUAUUAUUAAGAAAAUAACUGCGGAUAAAAAAUAUCAAAUCCAUGCCUGUCUCAUGAUGGAUUAGAUGUCCAUCAGGAGAGAGGUUAUUUGGGAUGGAGAGGAGACUUUGGGUUAUGUAGACAUGGGUCAUAUAUAUUGUGAAGAUAGAGAGAAAGGUCUUGAAGCUAGCUCUCGUAGUGAUGGUUGUUGCACUGAAUGCCUCAUGGAAAAUACCAAUUAGCUAUUUCUUGGUGUAUGGCAUCAGUAGCAAGGAUAAAUGUACCAUCAUAGUGCAUAGUUUGUCAUUGCUACAUGAUGUAAAUGUAAAUAUAGUUCGUGUGACAUUUGAUGGAUUAUCCAGUAAUCUAAAUAUGGCAAAAGAAUUAGGAUGUAAUUUUGAUGUAAAUAGUUUUUGUUCGUAUUUUAAGCACCCUCUCACUAGUAACAAUAUAUAUGUAAUUUUGGAUGUGUGUCAUAUGAUGAAAUUAGCUCGUAAUUGUAUUGGAGAUAUGAAUUUUUUAUUAGAUCAAGAUGAAAAUGAAAUAAAAUGGUGUUUUUUACUUCUAUCUCUUCAAGAAAAUGAAGGUUUGACUCUUGCCAAUAAGUUGAGAAAACGACAUAUUCUAUGAUCCACAGAAGAUGAAGGUGAAAUUGGCUGUACAGGUUUUGAGUGCAUCUGUUGCAAAAGCGCUUGAAGUUCUGGAGCAUGAUCUCAAGAAUCCUCAAUUUUCUGGCUGCAUGGCAACCAGCAAAUUUUGUAGCAUUUUCAAUAGGCUAUUUGAUAUUGGAAAUUCCAUGCAUCCAAUCGCUAGGAGCUUCAAGAGUGCGAUAACUAAAAAUAAUUUUACUAAAAUAUCAGAAUUUCUUGUAGAAGUUGAAAGAUAUAAUUUAGGUCUUCGAAGAGAAGAUGGCAAAUCUUUGAUUACUUGCGCAAGAAAAACUGUAGUUGUGGGGUUUUUAUGUCUUACAUAUGGUAUCAGGGGGUUGUUCAACGAUCUUAUUGGCAGCAAACAGUUACAGUACAUUCCUAUGUACAAGAUGUCUCAGGAUCAUCUGGAGAUGUAUUUUGCUUGCCUAAGGGGUCGUUUAGGAUGGAACAACAACCCAAAUGUUAUCCAGUUCAAAGCUGCUUAUAAGCAGCUGCUUGUAAAAAAUGGCAUAAGAGUAAGCAGCAAUGGAAACUGUGUUCCCCAAGAUCCAACUGAGCUAUUGCAAAUUGAUGAAACUUUACAGUUGGAUCCACUCAUAUUUUCAAGAAACAAGAUGGUAGGGAAAGAGCCUGUUGAAAAAAGAGAUAUGACUGAUGAGGAAAUUUUCUCUGAUUGCAAAAUCAAUAUUGUAAGCUUACAGCUAUCUGAAUAUGCUGAACAUAUUGUUGUAUAAAUCGCUGGGUAUGUUGCAGGGAAAGUUGCUGAAGCAUUCAAUUGCGAUACUUGUAUGGGGGCUUUGUUCUGUGGAUAUUCCUCUUCAGAACACCAUCUUUUUAUUAAUAGGAAGGACAAUGGGGGGCUUGCAUAUCCCUCUCCAAGCGUGAUUAUUAUUUGUAAGGUUACUGAAAAGAACUUGAGAUGUGUAAGCUCUCAACAGAUGAAGAGGAAUGCAAUGGCAAUGCAUAUCCUUAAACAAUGCAAUUUUCAUACUUUGUUUGAAAGCCUCAAUGAGCACAUUUUUGAAAAUGAAUUUCCAAAUAAUCAUGUAGUUUUACUAUCCAAGAAAAUCAUUGAACUUUA